CUUGGCUCCGCCCGAACAAGAUGGCGGCUCCCGCGGGGCCUUGAAGGAUGAGGCUGACUCGGAAGAGGGCUUGCUCAGCGCUGCUGGGCGCCUACUUGCUCUUCUCCCUCUACGCCGCCUACAGCGUCUUCCUUAAGCCUCGCAGGCCUCCCGCGCCCCGGACAGGCCUCAGGGAGAGGCCCGGAAGGGCAGAACAUGCUGCUUUGGGAGCUGAAGAAUGGAAUCCUUGGGAAGUUGAUGAAAAAAAUGAUUUGCAGCAGAAGUCUGCAAAUAACCAUCACCUACUGAAAAAGACGGAAGGGCAAAAGGAACAAACAGAUCUUAGAGUUCAAAUCUGGGGGAAAGCUGCUAUUGGUCUUUACCUGUGGCAGCAUAUCUUUGAAGGUCUGCUUGAGCCUGCAGAUGUUUCAGCUCAGUGGAGAGAAGGAAGCAUAAAAACAGAAAACUCAUUCUUCAGCUUCAUCACAGGUCCAGCUGUAGUCCCUGGCUACUUCUCCGUAGAAGCUGAAAAUGUGGUGUUGGUGCUGAAUGGCAGGGAGGAAGGAAAGAUCUCCUAUGCCACCCAGUGGCUGCAUUAUACACAAACACUAGUACAAACUCGCAAGCUGCGGCAUGUCGCUGUUUUGUUGCUUGGAAGUGAACAAUGUAGAAAUGAAUGGAUUUACCCUUAUUUAAAAAACUAUGGAGGGUUUGUGGACCUUCUCUUUGUAAUAUAUGACAGUCCCUUCGUGAAUGAAGAAAAUAUUUUCCAGUGGCCUUUGGGAGUAGCUACCUACAGAAAUUUUCCUGUAGUUGAACCGAACUGGUCAAUGCUACAAACACCAAGAUUGUACCAGUGUAAUUUCCUAGGAACUGUUUAUAAGAAUUCAACACGUGAGAGCCUAAUGGAAGUUAUGAAGCAAAAUGGACUUGAUAAGCUCUGUUGGAUUUCAGCCAGAGAAGAGUGGUGGCCUCAAGAAACUAAUGAGAGUCUUCGAAAUUAUCAAGAUGCAUUACUGCAAAGUGAUCUCACACUAUGCCCAGUGGGAGUAAACACAGAAUGCUAUAGAAUUUAUGAGGCUUGUUCAUUUGGUUCUGUUCCUGUAGUAGAAGAUGUAAUGACACCAGGUAGUUGUGGAAAUUCUUCUGUGUAUCACAGUGCUCCAUUGCAGUUACUGAAGACCAUGGGAGCUCCCUUUAUCUUUAUUAGAAACUGGAAAGAACUUCCUGCUAUUUUAGAAAAAGAACAAAAUAUGACUCUACAACAGAAAAUUCAAAGGAGGAAAAAACUUAUGGAGUGGUAUCGGCAGUUCAAAGUACAAAUGAAACAAAAAUUUAUCAGUACAUUGCAAAAAUCAUUUUUACAUAAGGACAGAGGAAGCUAAUUAUUACUUUUCAUACACCAAAAUGAGUAAAGUGUAAUUUUUUGUGAACUUUCAAUGAUAUUUAAUGUAAAUGUUUAAAAGUGGUUCUUGGAAGUCAAAGCUGCAUUUUAUAUUAUUCUGUUCUGUACAUAUAGGAAAAAAAUGAAUGCCUGUCUCUAAAAGGGUGACACUGGAUGAGGACUAGUUUGCUUCUCGUCCCCUACUCCUUUUGAAAUCCAUUUUUAGGCUGCAGUCCUACACACACUUGCCUGGAGCUAGUCCCAUUUGAUUUUGCUUCCUUUUGCUUCCUCCAGUGUAAUCUAGUACAAAGAUGUGCUCCAUCUGAAUGCUGCUUGCAUGUUGUCAUAGUAUCCUUGUUCGGAAUAAAAUUAGAAAAGGCCAAAACCCACCCCUGGGCUACUUCAGUAGGUAAGCACCGACACUCUCCUCAUCCUUCCUUGAAUGAAUAGAAUGAGCAGAGUAGAAGAGGGUUAAAAAGAACAACACUGUUGUAUUUUUUUGCCAAGCCAACAAUUUUGCUCCCUGUUGUCUGGGAAAAGUGAUUUAUUACAGGCAAUGAGCAUUACUGUAAUAAAUUAUUUCCAAGUGCUGGAAAACACAAGCCAGUCCUUGAAUCACAUCAUAUUCCUCCUCUAUGAUUUAUUGAGAUUAUAACUCUUUAAUGAAAACUAUAGAGACCUUGUAAUUAUAAAAGCAACUAAAAUUUAAAGUUACACUACAAAAGAAGUUACAUUAUAUCAACAUUGAUAUAAUUUAGGAUUAUACUGUAGUUAUUAGGACUGUAAGUAACUAGUUUGUUAUUUGUUACUUCAAAGCUCUGCACUUGCUGAGCAGGACAUUUCUGUCUGUUCUCUUUAGCAGCAGAGGACUUCUGGUUAAUCCAAAAGAUUUUUACCUCCUUUAUGAGAAACAUUAAAUUUUGGGAGGAAUGCAGGGAUGCUGUUACAGUAGCAGAAUGGUAUUUUAACUGAUUCUCCUGCCUACUGCCUCUCAUAUCAAUUGUUUUUAUUAUUAUUAUUUUAUUUUACUGUGAAAAAAUUGGAGAAAUCAAUUUACUUUAUUUUCAAAUAAAUGUUCUCAAAGCCAUUAUGUAAACAAGUUCAUUUGAUUGCAGUCAAUCAUAUAUGUAAAUGGUUUCGCUCAAUGUUUUUACAGUGUAGUAGAGUGCAGGAGAGCCAGUGUGGCUAGUGGAUUAUGAUUCUGGAGACAAGGGUUCAAUUCCCAGUUCGGCCAUGAAACCCAUUGGGGUCUCAGCCUUUGGGGAAGGCAAUGACAAACAUGUCUCUGAACAAAUCUUGUCAAGAAAACCCUGUGAUGGGCUCACUUUAGGAUCACCUGCAGUCGGAAACAACUUGAAGGCACACAGCAACAACAAGUUAACAGUGCAGUCAUAACUAAAAAAGUUGACAAGCAGGGUUUUUUUAAAAAAGACAGAAGAUUCUAGCAUCAGCCAAAUUGGCUAUGGACUACCUAGUCUCUUUCUGCUGGCUAAUCUCAAGAGAUAGUCUGGCAGAUGACUGCUGACACAACUGUGCUGCUAGUUGAGAUCAGCCAACAGAAAGCCAACUUAUGUCACAUCAAGCCCAGUCAAGCUCAGGGAUACAACCACUGUGCCAGCACAAGUGAGGCUGGUGUGGGUGUGUGCCUGCCUGCCUUCAAGUCGCCUGUUGACCUCUACAUUUAAUAAGGUUUUCUUAGAAAAGGAAUACUCAGAGGUGGUUUUGUUAGUUCCUUCCUUUGAAAUAUAGCCUACAGCACCUGGUAUUAUCAGCAGUCUCCCAUCCAAGAACUAACCAGGCUGACAAUGCUUAGCUUCCAAGAUCAGACAGGAUCUGAUGCCUUUAGAGUAUUCCUAAGUAAUUGGUGAAUUUCCUGGACUGAUAGAGGCUUGGAUUCAGCACAGUUUCAGCUGAUAUAGACUCUAAUGCCAGUUUAGAUGGCCCAUAACUUUCUUGAUGGGGUAGGACUGUACUGUAAAAUGUUAAGAUUUGUCUGCUUUUUCUUAUUUAUUCAACAGAGAAUCAGAUAUGAUGUAUUUUUAAAUUAUUGUUGAUUGCCUGUGAAGAUUAACUAUUUAAGAUAUGACCCUAUAUGUAUGUCUGUCAGCCUCAUAAAACUCUUACAUGAUUGAGAACAUGUUCACAGUCAUAACAUUAAAAUACUGUUCUACGGGAAAUUUUGAGUUUCAAAUGCACCCAAAUCUAUAGCAUUGCUUUAUAUAUUAUAUGUUACAUAUGUUACAUUUUAUAGCCCACUGUAUCCUUAGGCCAUGAUAUAAUACAUACACCUAGUACGUGGAUAUCUAGCUGAGUGGGUGCCAGUUGAUGGGGAAUGGUCACAGUCUGCCAUAUGGUGAAUUCUGUUAUACUUCUGUUAAAGUAUCUAAACGUGUGCACAUACAUUUAAUUUACCAUAUACAAAUCUAGAGUGAAAUUUGUGUGUCCUUUCCUGACAGCAUGUGGAAGCUACCUUAAAGGCAGCCUCAUUUGCAAUUCACUGCAGUUGUCUAGCUUGAAAAUUUCCAGUGCAACAUUUUCUGACAUUUCUAGACAGCAGCUGGAAGGUUUGUGGGCUUCCUUAUAGGACAGUCAAGCUUCCUGUCCUUCCUAUUUGUCCCUCCACACAAUUGUUUUUCACAACUCCAAAACUGCAGGCAAAGACCUUUUAUUCUGGGAGGCUUUUAAAACAGAAAUACUUGGCUUUUAAGAGGGUGCUGUGUUGUUUAAAUUAAACUGUUGUUAAUUGCUUUUUGUCUUUGUAAUUGUUUUGAUACUGUGAAUAGUUUAAUGCUACUUUAACGUUCAGCUUUUGGAUGUUUUUAGCUGUAUUGUACUUAUUUCAAAUUGUAAUCUGCAUGAGUUUCAAUUUUGGGGGGAAAGAUUGGGAAGGGGAGGAGGAGGAUAAAGAAGAGGGAGUGCAGUACCUGUAGCAGUUUCUGUCUCUCAUGUCAAUGGAAUGGAGAAUUCACUCUGGGCUUUAGUCUCAGAGAGAAGGAUCAGAACUUUGGCCUAACUCCUUUAAUGUCUUGACUGAAUUCCAGACUAUAUUCACCAUGUCACUGAUUUAGAAGCUGCCAGCUGCCUAUGGCCAGAGUCUUGCAACAGUCUUAUGAUCCAUAACAUCCAAUGCAGAUUCACAGUCCAACUGACAUGUGCAAUAUCACUCCAAGUCAUAGAAGCAGGAGUUUUCUGAAGGUCCUGUGGGCUGUCUUGUAAAAUGAAGUUAGCUUGCAGACUAGCCAUUGUCAAAAUGCAAGUUUAUGUACCAACAUAGUUGGCUGAAUAUCACAACAUUAUCUUUAAGGAAGAAAAACACUGGAAGAAAAAUAUUACGUAAAGAGAAUCUUGGGUAUGAGAAAUACAUGAGUAUUUUCUUAGGCCAGGUCUGUGUUUUUCUCUUACCAGAAACAAUGCAGUAGAGCAUUUUUCCAUUACUUUAUUUCAAUAAGUUUGGGCACUUCUAUGAUGAAUGGAAGUGGUGCAAAUCAGUGUCUUGUGUCUUCAGAAGUAAACCACAACUGAGUUCAGUGGAACAUAUUAGUGGGUAUGUGUCUGAGAUUGCAACCUUGAAGGUAUUUAACUAGCAAUAGUGUAUUAAUUAUAAUACUGUAUUUUAUUAGCAUACUAAUUAAUUUCUAUGCACUGAUUUUUCUAAUCCAUGUUACACUUAUAAACUCCAGAAUAUCAUUUGUUUUUGUCAUAUCAAGACAGCUUCCUACAUUUCCAAUGAUUGUCUGGCCUAGUUUCCUAAACCCACUAAUAUAGUUACAGGAAUUUUUGUCCUGACAGGCUUUAAAUGCUUUUCUGAUUAUAUGGCACAGAUGUGUCAAAUAAAGCUUUUACCCAUUCUUACAUGUACACAUUGAGAGAAGGAUGACAUGCUGAAUUUGGGCCUGUCAGCUGUUUAAACUGUUGGAAAAAAUUGAAUCCAUAACAGAAGCAUUUAGUUGUUUCUUAUUUAUUUAGCUCAUUUAUAUUUUGUCAGGGUGGCACACACAAUCCUCAGUCCCAAUUAUUCCCAAUUAGAGUAGUGCCAUUGAAUCAAUGGAAUUUACCUAUGUGUUGGCUCACCAUUAAACAAUUGGGAGUAAUCAACAGGGUUGCAGCCAUGGUUUUCCUCACCUACAGUUCCAGGUGGGUAGCUGGGCCAAGGUUACCCAAUGAGCUUCAUAGCCGACUAGGGAUUUGAACUUGAAUCUCAUAAAUCCUAGUCCAACAAUUAACAUUACUCAGAGUAGGAGUUCUCUACUCCAAAUGCUAAACUUCAUCUUGUGAAGAAAUAUUCUAAAGAUUAAAUGAAUACAUUCCAUAUUGAUGGUUUGUUAAUUUUAAAAAAACUCAUGUAUAACUAUUGCCAAUGAAUGUAUAGUCCUUUACAAUUUUACAGCUUGUGAAGAAGCAUUUCCCACCUGUAACAUGGCAGCUGAAUAAAUAAAAAAGUAUUUUGUAUAGCA